UCUAUUACUAAGUACUUAAUACUCACGCCUCCUCGAUUGCUUGCUCUAAUUUUUGCUGAUGAUUUUACAAAAAGUACCGUAAAAUAAUCCAAUAUAGUUUUAUAUAUGAUAUCAAUUUCCUAAUAUUUUUUUUUAUGAAAUUAUUCUAUUUAAGCAAUGAUUUAUUGUUUCCAGUGUCACUAAUAUCCAAAUAGAAAAUUAUGAAGAAACUUUUUUCUAAAAUCGAUAAUUCAAAAGAUCCAAAUUGUUUUAUUGGUAAACAAUUCACUGUUGGUCGGAUAACUGUAGUUAUUGAAGAUGUGAUUGCUGAAGGAGGUUUUGCUGUGGUUUUUCUUGCAAAGAACAAUAAUAAGAAGUAUGCCUUAAAACGUAUGUUUGUUAAUGAUGAAGUAGAUUUAGGAGUAGCUAAAAAAGAAAUUCAAAUAGCGACCAACUUAAAUGGUCAUCAAAAUAUUGUUGGAUUUAUUGAUUCCAAUAUAAUUCGUCAUGGAAAUGGAGUUUAUGAAGUUCUUAUGUUGAUGCCCUAUUGUCCAUCAAAUGUGCUGGCACUAAUGAAUAGCAGAUUGCAAACUGGGUUAACUGAAAGUGAAGUUUUAAACAUUUUCUGUAAUGUUUGUGAAGCAGUCAGUCGUUUACAUCAUUCUCAAACUCCAAUUAUACAUAGAGAUUUAAAAGUAGAAAAUAUAUUGAUCAAUGAAAGUGGUCAAUAUUUACUGUGUGACUUUGGCUCUGCAACAGCCCGUCAACUUGAUCCAACUGUACAAGGAGUUCAUGCUGUUGAAGAAGAAAUUAAUAAGUACACUACAAUAUCAUAUAGAUCACCUGAAAUGAUUGAUCUGUAUAGCAACAAAGUGAUAACAACAAAAUCAGAUAUUUGGGCUUUAGGUUGUCUAUUAUACAAGUUAUGUUACUUUAUUUUGCCAUUUGGUGAGAGUGCACUUAAAAUUCAAAGUGGCCAAUUCAACAUACCUGAUACACCUGAAUAUUCAAUUAAACUAAAGACACUUAUAAGGUAUAUGCUAGAACUUGAACCUGAAAAAAGACCGGAUAUAUAUCAAGUAUCAUUUAUAGCAUUCAAGUUAGCUGGGAAAGAAUGUCCACUUCAAAACUUACAUAAUGUUUCAAGCCCAAAUAUUGAAGAAUUGGUAACUUUAUUAAAUGAAAAACGAACAUUUCAGACAUCAAAAGUGCCUGUAAAACAAAAUAUUCAAACACCUCAGGUUGUAGAAGGUACAAGUGUAAAUCCUAGGCAAAGACCAAAGCCUUUAAGUUGUGGUAUACCUCCUCCUUUGGGUUCUUCUCCUACAUUCAAACGAGCUUUUCAGACACCAAUUAGUGGAUUUAAUAACUCUUCAGAUGCAAUUCAUCAAAAUAAAAUUCCUCAACAUACAUCACCUAGUGAUAAAGGGCCUACAACUGGAUUUCCAAUAAAAGACUAUGCAGAUCCAUUUACUGAAACAAAAAAGGAAAAUUCAUUUUUACAUUCCGUUAAUUCAUCAAUUCCAUCAUCUCCAUUAUCUUGUUUGCCGAAACAUAAAAGAAAUAUCAGUGAUACAUCUUCUUUAAAAACAGUAUUCAUCAACAAUGCUAAUCAAUUCUUGUCAUCAAAUAAUUUAGUUUCAAAAGAAUAUGUACAAGAUAAUUUAUGCUUAACAAAACCUAACGUAGAAAAUAUUAACAAUGGAAGUUGCAAAACAUCUUGGAAUCCAUUCGAAGAAUCAAAUUUGACACAUUUAAAAACUAUUAUUCAUGAAAAGCAAACUAUAAAUUUUCCUUUAAGAGGAAAUCUCUACAAUGAAAAAGAAUCCAAAUCUAUGGAAAAUGGUUUCAAAGUAAAUAACUGUGAAGAAGAUCCAUUUGGUUCUGCACCUUUUCCUUAUAAAAAAGACCUAAUAGAAAAAUCUUCAUCAUUCAAGACACCAUCAAAUGGAAAUGAUAAUAAAAAGAAUACUGAAAAAUGGAAAACCUACUUCAUUGAACAUAAUUUAAAAUUAGAUAGACUAAUUUUAAAUAAUGAACCAGAUAGUGAUGAACUUCCCAUAGGGUUAGUAGCAAAUACUCAAAGUGAUGAUGAUCUAGAUGAAUGCUCUUCUACACCUUUUGUUAAAAUUCCUCUAGAAGAUCGUUCAAAGUAUGAAAAACUGGGUUGUAAUACUGAUGAUAUUUCUUCAGAUGACAGUCAAGCUAUGUUAGGUGAAGUUCGGAAAAAAUCUUUAAAACGAAGGAAAAUUCCUGAAUUUAAAACAUCUAGUCGAUUCCGUAAGGAUAAAAAAAAUAAAAGUCAACAAAAUGAGUCAAAUCUAUCUGAUGAUGAUUCAAUUGGGUCCGCAAGUGACCUCCAAACUCGUAAUGAUGAAGAAGAUACAAGUAAAAAUAUUCCUGAAACAAUGACAAUAAAAGAUAGUGUACUAACAUGUGGUUCAUCAGCUUAUCACGCUGAAUGUGAGAGUAUGGCAAGAGAUGAUAUUCCUCCUCCUAAUGCACCAGGUGCUACUAGACUAAGGGAUCCAGUACCUAUUAAAAAUAUAGAUGCUGAAAGACCUUUGAUAUCUGAUAAUGAAGGAGAUGAAUAUGAAACUUUAACUAAUACUGAUGUAUUUGCAAAAGCACCUUUCCCAAAAGCAAAAAAAAAAUGUAAUGAUGGCCAUUCUGAUUUAUUUGGCUCAGUACCUUUCAAAGUAAUUACAAAUCCAUUUGAACAAACUGAAUUUUCUGAUAGUACAUAUUUCCAAAAAGACAAUUUAGUUGAAAACCAUUGUAUAUCAGCACCUAAAGAAGCAAUUUUAGUUGAUUUGGAACCACAAGAUUCUAUUUAUAUGAAAAUAAUACCAAAAAAAGUAACUCAAGUUGUAACCAAUAAAGUCGUUUCAACACUUUCUACUAAUAGUGGUUUUAGCAACAUGAGUUUUGAAGAUUAUUCAAGUAGUGAUGCAGAAGAAUCUCAAGCUCCUGUAUACUCACCAUUUGAAGUAGUUCGGCCAACAGAAUGUGAGAUGAAAAGGUCAUCAUUAAAAAGACGUAGCAAUCCAUUUACACAGUGAGACUAAAUUAAUUAUCAUUUUACUUAUGAGCUAGUUUUAUUCAGAGAAUAAUAAUAUGCCGGUCUUAAAAUUGUUGUUUCUAUAUUAGAAAAUAUCCUGUGAUUUAUAAACUAUAAUAAAUCUUACAAAACUACCUAUUUUUGAAAAAUAAUUUUAUUUACAUUGUGAUUUUUAGUUAUGUAGUUAUUAGGCGAUAGUUGUUACUCCUUAAAUGAGUAAUAUUAAGCCACAAUAUUAACAUAAAUCUGUCAAAUAAGUAUUUAUAUUGUUAAAUUUUAUUUAUUGUUUCUUUUUUCCCUUUGAUACUAUAUUGUUAUUUCGUUAAUCUAAUUUCUUAUAGUCAUUAUUAAUAUUUUAUGUAAUUUAUUACACAUUUUAAGUUAUAGCCAAAUACUACCUUAUAUUAAUUCUAUGUUAUGGAAUAAUGUAAAAUCUGUUACUAUAAUGUGUAUUAUUAAAUUAAAUGUAUACCCAAAAAUUCAGUAUUAUUUUUAGACAGCUUUAAUAGAAAGUUAAUAAAUAAUAUUUUCAAAAAACAUUUUUUUUUUAUAUUUCAUAGUUUUGCUAGUGCUUGUAUCAAAAAGGAUUUAAAUAAAGUGUAAUUGUCAUAUGGCACAUAAAUUUAUAUCAUUCACUGUCAUAAAAUUACAGCAUAUUUUUACACUUAAUUUUAUUUCAUGAUUAAAAGACAGUAGUGAAUUAUUUUCUGCAAUCUAGAAGAAAAUCAUUUUUUCCCUUAAUGAAAACGCCAUCUGGAUUUGAAGAAUACAGAUAUAAGUUAGCUUAUAUCUUUCUGCCACCAAACCACAUCAGCUAUAUCUCUACUGCUAAAUGUAUUGCUUUUUUUCAAUAAAAAAAAAAACAAUAAUAAUAUAUUAUUAUUUUUAAUUUUAUAUUAAUUUAAUUCAAAGUCAUUAAACCAAAAUCAAUUUAGAAAAAAAAUUAUUUCUUAAUGAACAGUUGAGAAAAAUAAUUUUGCUUUUAUUGGAAAAUGAAUGAAGAAUAUAAAAUGAGUGAUGGUAAUUGUUUUGAACUAUUAACUUUGAAUAGCAAUUUUAGUGUAGGCCUAAGUUAAGACCACAAUGUGCUGGAAUCUAAUAAAUGUUUUAUGACUUUAAUUUUAGAUAAUGAAUAUUUGUUUAGUGGAGAUGGUAGCGAUGCAGACAAGGACUAUAUGCCAAAGAAUAAUAAUUAUAAUUCGCAAACCCAAUCAUCAAAAGAUAUUAUUGACGAUUUACUGAGUAUCAUAUGAAAUACAGACUUCUAAGAAAAGAGUCAGAAGAAUUGAUACAUGGAAACGGGUGAAAUCUAAGAUGUUAAGAAAUAAAGUAUGAACAAUAUCUUAAUUUUAUAGAAAAGUAAAUCAAAUAUACAAUACAUUAAAUGCAAACAUGAAAGUCUGUGGAUUUACUGUUCCUUACAAUAACUGCAGUCAGGUAGGCGAAAAAACCGGUAUUGUUAACUGAUCUAGUCCAGUCACCCACAGUAAUGAAAUAGCAGCCAAGCUGGCUUGUAGUGUGCGUGUAUUUUAUUUUUCACUACUUAAUUAUUAAAAAUUAUUUAAAGUAAUUUUAUUAUGGAGUUUCCAAAUAACCUUCUAAAAUAUGUUUGUUAGUAGUAUGUGAA